UUUGAGGUAGUGAAAUUGACUAGGCUAUCAAACUGGAGUGCCAAUGGGACGAAAACACACAAUUGUUUUCGUUCUUUACUUCUUAUUCCAGAAUGAACAUUGUUCAAAACAUGUGUCUGAAUGUUAAAGCUCCCUCUAGCGGCGAUACAAAACUGAAAGUCAUUGUUUACCUCGAGGACAGCGGGCUCCUGUUUUACUAUCACCUUUAAAGUGCAUCAGUACAACGUCGCUGCAAGUUACGUCAGUCUGCAGCUCGGAAGUUCUCCAGGAAGAAACAGCUGAGUUGCAGCUCCUGUGUGGGGAAGCUUUGGGUCCAUAUAAAUACUCUGUCCUCAGAAUACACAAUUUUGAUUGAUUGCACCAGCAGCCUACGUGAAAGGCAAGAUGAAUUUGGAGGAGUACUUCAAAAGAAUUGGUUUCCAUGGCUCUUAUGAAAAACUGGAUCUUGCAACACUGAAGCUGAUCCACAAACAACAUGUCAUGUCAAUUCCAUUUGAAAACCUCAGCAUUCAUUGUGGUGAGAAGAUCAUCAUGGACCUGGAGGUCAUUUUCAAUAAGAUAGUGAGGAGCAGUCGUGGAGGCUGGUGCCUUGAGAACAACUUUCUUUUUGGCUGGGUGCUGAGAGAAAUGGGCUACAACACCACGACCUUGGGCUCCAGAGUGUUUUACAGUACCGUCAAUGACUUUGGCCCUGAUGACACUCAUCUCAUCAACAAGGUUGUCAUUGAUGGAAAGGCUUACAUAACAGAUGUAAGCUUUGGGGUAUCUUCCCAAGUGUGGGAACCCCUGGAGCUCAUCUCUGGGAAAGACCAACCUCAGGCAGCUGGGGUCUUUCGUCUCAUAGACAAAGGGGACAUGUGGGUGCUGGAGAAGACUGGUAGAAAGCCAGAGGUUGUUAAUCCAGAGUUUGCCAGUUCAAGCCUGGUAAACAGGAAGGAAACAAAGCAGAUCUACGGCUUCACCUUGGUGCCUCGUGACGCAGAUCAUUUCAUUGAGACAAGCCACACACUUCAGACAGAUCCUAGUUCACUGUUCACCAAUAAGUCCAUCUGCUCUUUGCAAACACCCGCAGGAUUCAGAGCCCUGAUCGGCUGGACCUACAGUGAGGUCACCUACAAACCUGUGGAAGGUGUUGAUGUUUUAGACAUGAGGGACAUACCAGAUGAUGAGAUAGAGCAAAUUCUGAAGGAGAACUUCAAUGUAAAGUUGCAGAAGAAACUGAAGCCUGAAAACAAAAAAGCCUGCUACACAAUCUGAAAAACAACACGUCCUGUUUUUGAAUUAUCCUGGAAAAUGUCACAACUUGUGUUAAUUUCAUGACUGACCAGGUAAAGCAGCUUGUUGAAGAAUCUUCUAUUUCAAAAAUUAACAGUGCUUAAAAAUUUUUGUACAAUGUUAAAUAUGCCAUUUUAUAAUGACUGAAAGGAGUACAAAUAAAUAGGACAUUAAAUGUGUUAUGCCAUUUCAUUCACUGUCACGAUUGCAGGUCCAGAGUUGAAAAGUAAUCAAGUAUGUUUAAGUCAAGUACCUGAGUGUGUAUCAACAAAAUAAAAGCCAGACUGAAGUUUGCAGGAAAGUAAAGAAAGCUUUAGAGAUCUGAACUGAAACAUUAUGGACAGAUGGGGCCAAGGUGUAAAAAGGUAACAGGUCACAAUGACUAUUGUUAGCUCUAACUGAUUUGAUUUAUCUAGAUGAUCUGGUAACACGCCAUGAUGCACUGUCAAUGUGAAAGAGCUCUAAUUAAUCCUUGCCAAAUCACAAUCCAACUUCCUCUCCAAUUUACACAUUUUAUUAAAAUGUCAUUCAUAUGAUUUUACAUAAAUAAAAUGAUCAAGACUC